AUGAGUUCGUUUAAUGUUAUAUCUACUGCAUCCAAACCACAUGCACCCUUAACUCCGAUAUCUUCGGCACCCAAGUUGUACAAUACGAAAUUUCGCCAUAUGCAUAUUCUUGACACGCUAGCUUUUGACGCGUUGAAAGCAAGAAUUACGGUUUUUCAACUAUAUCUUUCACAGAAUAAUCCAAGCAACGAUUCAUUAAGUGCUUGUAAAAAACAGGCAAAAAAAACCUGGGAGCAAUUUGAAAAUGCUAAACACAAUUUAUUAACUAGCGACCUUUUUAUAGAAACUUCGAAUUUUGAUAUUUUUUUAAAAGACCUUGUUAGUUUAAUGGUACACCGUUGCAAUCUUGCAACCUUUUCCCAUAUUAUGUUUCAACAAUUGAACCCAACUCUUGAAACUCUUUAUAUUGCAACGGAUUCAUUUAAAUAUAUCAUGCCUGAGAACUGGAGUAUUGUAGAAUGGGAAUUGAAUCUGGAUCUUAAGACACAAUUAUAUAUCCGUGCAUCAAAUUUUUCCAAAGACAAUUAUCUGGACAAGAUUUUCCCGCCUAAUGCUGAACAACCUUCAAGUCGUCUUACCCAAUAUUUAGAGAGAAGAGAUGUGGAGACUAAAGACGUUCUGACUUCUCAAAUGGAACAUAGCCCUGAAAGUUCACAGGUUGCAACACAAGAUCAAACCAUUGAGAAUGAUUACGGCACUCCUUCUAUUGAUCAAUCAGAUGGUUUAAUAAGGCCAACUAUCCGCUCAAAUAAGUAUGUCGAAUCAUUUCGUAGAUUUCAUAAAUUCUCUGAGCAAGAAUUAAAUCAACAAUUAGAACAAUUUAAAAAUCGUGCAACUGAUGAUCAUGAAAUAACUGUUCAAUCUACUGACAUGGAAUUAGACGGUUUUACAUCGAUGGAUCCAUUAAUAGGCUCUUCAUCCAAUGUCAUAAGUAACAUAAGUAACAAAAGCCCAUCAAAAUCAAAAUCAGUUGUUGAGACUGUUGAAAGACAAUCAUCAAUGAUUGAAAGACAAUCAUCAAUAAUUACAGCUCCUGAGUCACCAGAAAUUCCACAAGAUGAAGAUAUGAUUGUUGAACCUAUUGAACUGAAUAACAAUAAGGGUUCACCUAAAAAGAAAAAAUCAAGUGCAUUACGACAAGGUGGUUGGACUCAGAGAGAGCUAAAUUUCCUUAUUAAGGGAAUGGAAAAGUAUGGAACUAGUUGGUCAAAGAUAGAAAGAAAAUAUGGAAACUCUGGGGGUCCGCUUAGUAGGCGAACACAAGUGAACAUGAAAGAUAAAGCACGAUCAGAGUUAGAUCGACGAUUAAGGUGUGGAUUGUCACCUGGAGUAUUUAGUCAAGUGAGGUAA